AAUCAUUUAAUAUUCGAUAACUACUCAAAGUGGAGAUAUAUCAUACAUACAUUAUUAUUGAAUCUUCAAAUCAGGAAAUGGGGAAACAUCGCUAAAACCACCAGACUAGAAAUCAAUCCAGAAUAACUGUUUUCCAAUUUGAAGUCAAACCAAUGGAGAAACACAAUUUAAACAGUAAAGCACAGAAAGACAAAUUCAAAUCUAUACGGCCUACUACCGAUCAUUCAAUUUAUCUUCAGAGGAAAUCUAAAUACAGGAAAGUGCUGUAUACACAAAUUUAUGACACUGUAGACCAGGCAGAUCUACUACGACGAGAACUACCGAGACGAUGGCUUGUACCUACACCGGAGGCAGUAAUAGCGAUCACAGGAAUACAUCAUCAGUUCAACAUAAAAGACAAGCGCAAUUUGAAACAAAUGUUGAUCGAGGCUGUCAUAAGCACUGGAUCUUGGAUUGUUACUUGCGGUACAGAAUCAGGAGUAGUCAACUUCAUCGAGGAAGCGGUAAACGAACAUUCAACUUUAGAAAGAUACAACAUUCCAAUAGUUGGACUUAUGUCAGAGAGAGUAAUAAAUGAGAUUAAACCUCUCAGGGGACAUGUAAAGGUUGAAAAGAUCAUUGAUGGAGAAGUUAAAAGUGUAAAAACUCCUGUUAGGUCAACAAAGCAGACAUUAGAUCCAACCCAUACACAGUUUAUUGUCGUGAAAGAUUCCAUUAACACAAUCACCAACCGUAAUGCUUCAUAUGAAUGUAGAAAGGCUUUCGAAAGUUUCUUAUAUAAUAUUAAAGAUACAGAUUGCAAACAUGUUCAGUAUGAAACAAAUGAAAUAUUGCCUGUUGUCUUGGUACUACUUGAAGGAGGUAUUGAUGCAAUGAAAACAACUUGGAGUGUACUGGCAAAUAACAACCCUGUUGUAGUAAUUGAUGGUUCUGGAGGAGCAGCAGAUUUCCUCUCAAUUUGUCAUCAGCGACACAAUAGUUUAAAUAGGAAGAGCGACAGUGAACAAGUAAACCUGUCAGAAUACGUUGAAAAUUUACACGAAUUAAUUAGGAAAUGCUUUGAAGAUAAAUCCGAUGAGAUGAAGACCAAGGCAACCAAGCUGGCAACUAGAUGUCUGAGGAAACAUGAAUUGAUUCGUGUAUAUUCACUGGAAGAAAAAACUACCAAAUUAGACGAUUUGAUUCAGAAGGCUAUUUUUGACAUAUAUAAAGAAUACUUUAAUACGGAAGACAGUCGUCAAAAAGAGUGGAUAAGCGGAAAUACUCCAAAAAUCAAUGCUGUAAUGAAACAACUUAAACUUGUUGCAAAAUGGAAAAAUUAUGAUAUUGCGAAGAAAGAAAUCUUUAUAGCCGAAAACAGAAACCAACUUACCUGUUUACAAGAACUAAAUGAAAAAAGGAUGUACAAUUUGAAAAAUGAAAUCCGAGAAGUAAUAACAGCGGUUCAUGAAGAAUAUGCACGAUUACCAGGAUCGUAUUACCAACUCAAUCCGAAGAAUAAAAGCUUUUCCAAGAAAUUAUCAGAGUCUUAUAUGGAAUUCAAAAAGGAUGUAUUACAUUUCUUUUGGGUAAGAAACGAAAAAUACUUCUCAGUUUUAUCAAGAUCAUUUUACAAGUUAGGAAAACAUUUGGCAGCUGAUGAUCGUGAGGAGUUCCAGUAUAUAUCAAACACGUUUGCGAAGAUGCACAAAUUUGAUGAAAAAAGAAUGGACAAAUUAGACAAAAAAAUCGAAGAAAAGGUUAUGGUUAUGGCAAAGCAGAAAUACACUUCAAACUUUAAUUUAGAUUUAGAUGAGUAUUAUAAUCAAUACAAGGACAAAUUAUCACAGUUUGUGAAAAUAUACAGGUCGGACUACUUCAUGGACAAAAACAGGCCAAACUAUUUUAAGACCAUAAACAAGGCUACAUACUUUACGAAUGUGUCAAAAUCUUUCACAAAGCUGAUUAACAGCAUGAAGGAUGAGUCUUUCAUAAAAUAUGAAGAAGACUUACGGAGGAUACUACAAGAAUUCGUUGAUGAAUACGAAAAAGACAGUGUUUCAGAACUUUUGCAGUCGUCGCUUAUAGCCAACAAAACAGACUUGGUUAUGCUGGUAAUGCAGAAAAUUGAAAACAUGAGCUCAUUUGUACUCGAUAACUUACCAAAUGUAUUUAUGCUGAGCAUUGAAAACAAAGAUUGUUCAGCAAUUCAGCUUAUUCAACAGCAUUUGGAUAAACAUCAUGAACAAGACUUGGAGUGCGAUUUGACAGGUAAAUUACAGAGUGAAUUGGAAAUAAAAAAAGAUAAGUUGAAAAUAAAAAAGGAAAAAAAGAACAACAAAAAAGUACUCUUAGCUGUCAACAAUUUCAUCAUAGAUUUGUUUGAAAAUCCAGAAUUUAAGCUGUACGAGUUCAAAGGUAAAGAAGAGCUAAAAUUAAUCCAUGAAGACAAACCUUUCCAUCAUCUUUUUAUUUGGGCUGUUCUGGUAAAUUGGAGAGAAAUGGCUAUGAUUUUCUGGGAACAAGAAACCGACCUUACGUGUUCCGCUUUAUUUGCAAGUGCAGUACUAAAAGAAUUGUCUGAAAAGGCACACUUUUCUAAACAUAUGCACCUCAGUCAAUCAUUAAAAGAAAACUCUAGACACUUCGAAAAUCUUGCUUGCAAUGUGAUGACAGAAUUGUAUAGCAAUGAUAGAGAAAACGCUCUUACCACGCUGGUUACAAAUGUUGACCGAUAUAAAUCUACACCUUUAGAAAUUGCUGUCUCGCAAAAACUGGAGAAGUUUAUGGCACAUACAGCCUGUCAAGCAAAGCUCAACAGUAUAUGGAAUGGAGAUAUUGAAGAAUAUACACCAUUCUGGAGGGUAUGUUGAAUGAUAUUUAAAGUGUCGAUUGGUGCAUUCAGCGCUUGAAAGCGUGAUAAAGCGUUAUAAUUAUGAAUUCAGGACACAAGUUGGAAUUGAG